AUGGCGACGAAGUCGUUGGUGAUGACGACGCGCGAUGAUCGCGCGCUGACGCGGUCGACGCGCGACGCGGAGACGAUCGCGACGCUGCAGCGAGAGCUCAGCUCGAGUGAAAUAGAACGCGCGACGACGGCGCGCGCGAUGGCGGCGCACGAAGAGCGCGCGCGAGAGCUCGAACGCGCGUUGGCGCGCGCCGAAGACGCGCUGGAGGAAGCGACGAGCGAGAUGGAGACGAAGGAGCGAACGCGGAGGGACGGCGCCGAACGCCUGGCGCGACGAUACGAGGCGUUGGCGCGGCGAGUGGAGGAGACCGAACGCGCGGCGAGGCGCGAGCGAGAGGAGUGCGUGAUGUAUAAAACGGAAUGUGAGAGCCUCAGACAGGCACUGGAGGCUUCGACGCGGGAAUUAGGGGCGAUGCAGGUGGACGCCGCGCGCGGGAAAUCGGCGGCGAGCGAGGCAAAGAAUUUUAAAAGAGAGAUUGACAGAGCGCGACGAGAGAAAGACGCGGCGAUGAGCGCAAUUAGAGCCGAGUUGGCGGAUGCGCGGCGGCGGGCAACGUCGUUGGAGGCAUCGAGCACGGAGGUUAAAAGGAUAUUGGGCGACGCGUUGGGGGAGGAGUUGGGCGAGCGCGACGCCGCGACGGUGGCGGCGAGACGCGUGGCCGACGCGAUGCGCGACGCCAAGGCGCGAUUGCAAGCGCUCGAACGCGUUCAACACGCGAAUAGUGCAGAUGGUGCGAGCACGCUCAGAAACUCGACUUCUUCGGCGAUGGAAGACGACGUCGCACUCGUCGCCGAGACGGAGGCCGCGCUCGAAGAGGCCCUCGGCACCGCGCGACGAUGGAAGUCAGCGGCCGAGAAAGAGCGCACUUCGCGAGAACGCAUCGAAAAUGAGCUCGACGACUGUCGCUCGUCCCUCGCGCGCGCGAUCGAGGAAAGGUCUCGAGCCGAAUCGUACGAGCGCGAGCUCGAAGCCGUCGUCGAGCGACUCGGCGAUAGAAUUCGCGCCCUGGAAUCCGCGUCGCCCGCCGUGCGCCGCGACAACGUCGACACCGACACCGACACCGACACCGACGCCUAG